UUUAGUUUUUUUUUUUUAGUUCAAUUAUAUAUUUUUAAUCUAUGAUUAAACAAAAUAUUUUUGGAAAAUUUCGUUGGAAUCUCUAGCAUUUCCCCUUCUCCCGCUAUUUUUGUAAAGAGAGGAGAAAAAGAAAAAGCACAAACUUGAGUUCUCUCAAUGCAUUUCCCCCUUAAAUGAUCUGUUGUUUGUUCAACUGGGUUACAGAUAUCAUCAAUUUUUCUGUCAAUCAAGGUAAUGGAGCAGUUAUAAGAACACUCCAUCUCUUGCUUCCUCAUUGGAAAAACGGCUGCAGGAGGAAAAGAAGGCCGAUUUUGUUUGUUUCUUCUAUCGUAGAGAUUCUAUUCCCAUUUAUAAUUUGUCAUGAUGAGGAUGAUGAAUCAAAUAUGGAAACACCGUGCUCUUGCCGUGGCAGCUUGAAGUAUGCGCAUCGCAUGUGCGUUCAGCGGUGGUGCAACGAGAAAGGAAACAUAAUCUGCGAGAUUUGCCACCAGGACUUUAAGCCAGGGUACACAGCACCUCCCCAUGUGUUUUAUAAUGGAGGUAUUAGCUCACUAAUGCAUUUCAGGGGAAGUUGGGAGAUGUCAAGGCUGAACCAGCAUGUCCCUGCAGAAAUGCUCGAUCACGAGUAUCUCGAUUCCGCGUUCGAUGAUUUCAUCAGUCCCUCUCCAUGCAGCGUACUGUGCUGCCGCAUAGUUGCAGUAAUGUUUAUCGUUCUCCUUGUUUUACGCCAUACUCUUCCGAUUAUAAUUAGUGGAGCUGGAGAGUUUUCACUGACAUUGUUAAUGUUUCUGAUCUUGAGAAUUGUUGGGAUUCUUCUGCCUAUAUAUGUCAUGGUUAGGGUAUUUACCUCCAUUCGAAGACGGCGUCAUUAUCAGGAUCCCCCUCAUCACCUCGCAACAUCAGAUGACGAAAGUGACUCGACGAGCCCUUCUCAACCGCGCUUCUUCGACUUGAGAUAGCAGCAGUUCAUUGUCCCCGUCUCUGAUACGAUGGAAACAAUGUAACAAGAGAGAAAACGGUCAGAAGAACUGCGUAGAAGGUCAUCGACUCAUCAACACCAUUCAUGGCAAGGAAGUUAAGAGCUGCAUACGGUCCUCGCAGCGAGCAACGAGCCACGACCCGGUUAGCUUCUGCAAUGAAGUGUUCAUCAUUUGUGGUGAAACAGCAGAAACUUGUUUGGUUAGAUUCAAACUCUUUAUGCAAUAGAAUCAUUGGCUCACUUACUCUCUUAUGUAUAAAGUGGGUAAUGGUUAGAAGGGGCUUUGAUCUUUGUAUAUAAUAUGGGCUUUGAUCUUUGUAUAUAAUAUGUGUUGCUUCAAAGAUGAAUGUGUUUAUCUAUACAUAUAUACAUAUAUAUA